AUGUAUAUAGAUCCUGUUCAUGGAUUAACGAAAAUGUGCCAAAGCUCUAUUUGCCUCUGCCAUUCUAUGAGUCUCUUCCUUUUUGCGAAUGACAUCGCCACUCCCUUUGGCAGCAUCCACUAA